CAAAAUGAAACAUGAAUAGUUUGAGGGUUAGCAUUAAGCUUUCAUUAAUUUUACCUACCCUAAAACCUGAAUGCAAAAAAAAAAACCAACCUUCCCUGGCUCCCUGCUGCAGUCGUUCCCCCGUCGCCUCCGAUCCCCGUGCUUCACCUUUGUCCGUCGGCCUCUCCUCUCUUCUUUGCAUCGUCAUCGCCAUCUGUCGGCUAUCGGCCUCUGCUCCUCAUAUCUGUCCGUCGGCGUCGGAGUAAGGGCUCUCUCUCGUUUUCUCGCUGCCGCUGGUGAAGCUUCAAGGUAUCAAAGCAACGCGUCAAUGUCCAGCAAGAGGCCUUUGGUUCUGUCCUUCAACUAUCUCACCGCUUUAUCUAAGGUACGUUCGUCACGGCGUUUCCCUCAUUCAGUCACAAUUUUCAGUAAGUUCCUCAGCACUGCCCCUGAAAGGUGGGAUUUUCAUAGGCCUAGUAGCACCUCUCAGUUUGAGGAUUCUCCUUAUGAUACCCCAAGUUCACUAGGUUAUGAGCAGAAACAAAAUGGACAGGCCUUAAACCCAAACCAGGGUUUCAUGGUAUGUCCUAUGGAUGAUUAUGCGGGAAGUCCGGUUGGGGACAACCGUAAUCGCUACAAUAGUGGUUUGCAGCCAACAAGAAAUCAGAUGGGUGCCAUGGGUCAAACUGGUUGGUAUCAUCAUAGCCAUGGGGAAACUAACGGGAACUUAGAGAUAAGUCCAAACGGAAUUUAUGUAAAUGGUUCUUGGAAGGGUGCUGAGCAAGGGUUUCAUCAGAAUCAUGAUGGAAUGGACUGGGGAAACAAAAGAAAUGAACUGCAGGAUAACUCAGUUUAUGGAAAUGGAAACUUAAGAGGAUAUGAGGCUGAUGCUCAAAGUACUUCCAAUAUGCAGAAUCAAGUAGGUUCAUAUUGGGAAGGGCCUACAGAAAUCAGACAGAAUCAAUAUGAUCUUAAUUUACCAAGGUUUACAGAAUCUCAAGGAAGCCAUAUGAAUUCACAAGGCCCAAAUUUCAGCCAGUACCGGCAGAAGCCACAAGAUGUUUAUAAUUUUACUUCUUUUGGUCAAGUAACAAAUAACAUUAAUUUUUAUGGUCAAGUGUCUGCUACUUCUAAUCUCAAGGAAGAGUUAACUGAGGAUCCUGAAACUAACUCAAAUAGUGCUACAGUUGAGAUGCUAGAGGAAUUUUGCAAAAAAGGGGAUGUUAAAGAAGCUGUAGAUGUUUUGGUGUUGAUGAAACAGCAGGGUUUUCAUGUGGAUUUGGCCCAAAUUUUGCAAUUAAUGAAGGCAUGUGGGGAAGUGAAAGCUUUACAAGAAGCGAAAACUGUUCAUGAACACCUCAUAGGAUCAUUUUCACCUCUCAAAAUAAGCAUCUAUAACAGGAUUUUAGAGACAUACUUAAAAUGUGGUUCUACAGAUGAUGCAUUUGAUGUGUUUGAAAAGAUGCCAAGGCGCAAUCUGACAUCUUGGGAUACUAUGAUUACAGGGCUUGCUAGGAAUGGGCUAGGAGAGGAUGCCCUUGAUCUGUUCUCUCAAUUUAAGCAGGCAGGCUUGAAACCAGAUGCCAAAAUGUUCCUUGGAGUGUUUUACUCUUGUGGUGUCGUUGGUGAUAUUAAUGAAGGAAUGCUUCACUUUUCAUUGAUGAGCAGUGAUUAUGGUAUUGUCCCUUCCAUGGAGCAUUAUGUGGGUGUUGUUGACAUGCUGGGAAGUACAGGGCAUUUGGAUGAAGCAUUGGAAUUCAUUGAAAAGAUGCCAUUUGAAGCCAGUGCUGAUGUCUGGGAAACUUUAAUGAAUCUCUGCAGAACUCAUGGGCUCUUGGAACUUGGGGAUCGUUGUGCUGAGCUUGUGAAGCAGCUAGAUCCCUCUCGCUUGAAUGAACAAUCAAAGGCAGGUCUCAUACCUUUGAAAGAUUCAGACCUUAAAAAGAAUGAGAAGAAGAAAUUGGCAAGUCAAAGUCCUCUUGAAGUCAGAAGCAGGGUCAACGAGUAUCGUGCAGGAGAUACAUCACAUCCCGCGAAUGAUAGAAUCUAUGCACUGCUAAGGCGUUUGAAAGAACAUAUGAAAGAAGCUGGUUAUGUUCCAGAAACAAGAUUUGUUUUGCACGAUAUAGAUCAGGAAAGUAAGGAAGAAGCUCUUCUUGCUCAUAGUGAGAGACUUGCUCUUGCUAAUGGUCUCCUCACUAGUCCAGCUCGUGGACAGAUUCGUAUUAUCAAGAACCUUCGUGUUUGUGGUGAUUGUCAUGCUGCAUUUAAGAUCAUGUCCAAGAUUGUUGGCAGAGAGAUCAUAAUGCGAGAUGCCAAGAGGUUUCAUCAUUUCAGUGAAGGGUUAUGCUCUUGUCGAGAUUUUUGGUGAUCAAAAAUAGAACUUGAGGCAAGGAACAAUGCUUGGCUUCUGAUUACUGGCAGUAUGUUCAGUAAUAGAAUUUUCAGAUCUGGUGUGCAGAAAGGUGGGAGCAAAAUUGAGUGAAUUUUUAACUAAGCUACCUUUUCAAUGUAAGAAAGGUCUAUAUUCCACUUCAUUUAAGGUUCCCGAUGUUUAUGGUGUUUUCCAAUUCAAGGUUGAGUACCAAAAGCUAGGUAUAAAAGUUUAUCCCUGUCAAAGCAGGCCAUAUAGACACAAUGAAUAUGAAAGAUUCAUACCUGCUGCUUACCCUUAUUAUGGAGCUGCAUUUUCUAUGAUGGCAGGAUUCUUCAUCUUCUCCUUUGUCCAUCUCCACAAUAAGUAAAGCUCUAGCAUCUCUAGCAUGCAGGCCAUCGACCGUUGGAUUCGAAAUUUGAGUGAAACAAUGAUGCAAUUGAAAUGUUUAGAGUUUUGAAUUUUAUGCGUUAUGAUAUUUAUCGGAUAAAGAAAAAAAAUUCCCGUAGAGAUAUCCGUUCAGUUUACCCUACUUUCUCUGUUACGCUGUUAUUAUUAUUUUUCAUUUUUGACUUUAUUUUGUUUUUUUUUUUAUUGAAAACUUUCCUUUUACAAAAUAA